UUUCGGCCUGGCCUCUAUGCAGGGGCGGGGCUCGCCUUGGCCCCGCCCGGGCCCCGCCCCUCGCUCACUCCUGCCUGUCCAUCUUGGAGUCGGAGCGGGCUGGGCAGGGCUCUUCCCUCCGUCCUCCUCGCUUUUUCCGCAGCCGCGGAGAAAAUCAGGAACAGCGGAGUAACACAGCGGAGGAGCGGACGCCCCCUCCACCUCCCGCGGCACCUCCCCGACAGCCCUGGGUGGCUGAACUGGGCAUGCGCAGUCGGCUGGGCCGCUCCAUCUAAGAGCAGGAAGCUCGGGCGCUCCGGCUGCGGAGCCGCGGCGGGGAGAUGGAGCCUUUCAGCAGCGAUCGGCUUCAGCUCCCCAGGAAUAUGAUUGAAAACAGCAUGUUUGAGGAAGAACCAGAUGUGGUGGAUUUAGCCAAAGAGCCUUGUCUGCAUCCGCUAGAGCCUGAUGAGGUGGAAUACGAGCCCCGCGGUUCCCGGCUGCUGGUGCGGGGACUUGGUGAGCAUGAGGUGGACGAGGAUGAGGAGGAUUAUGAGUCAUCUGCAAAGCUGCUGGGCAUGUCCUUCAUGAACAGAAGCUCAGGUCUUCGGAACAGUUCGGCCAGCUACAGGCAGAGCCCAGACGGGGCCUGCUCAGCACUGUCUGCGAGGUCCAUGGUGGUCUGUGCAUUUGUUGUGGUGGCUGCUGUGUCUGUCAUCGUGGUGAUUUACUUGCUGCCCAGAUGCACCUUCACCAAAGAAGGCUGCCACAAACAGAGCCAGUCCCUGGAGUCCAUUCAGCCAGUCGCAACAAAUGGGAAGCCAUUUCCCUGGGCACGAGUCAGGCUUCCAACGGCCGUCAUGCCCCUGCACUAUGAGCUCAGCCUGCACCCAAACCUGACCUCGAUGACUUUCAAGGGCUCUGUGACAAUUUCAGUUCAGGCUCUUCAGGCCACAUGGAAUAUCAUUCUUCAUAGCACAGGUCAUAAUAUAUCAAGAGUGACCUUUAUGUCAGCAGUUUCAAGCCAAGAAAAACAAGUUGAGAUCCUGGAAUAUCCAUAUCAUGAACAAAUUGCUGUUGUUGCCCCGGAAGCCCUUCUAAUGGGGCACAAUUAUACCUUGAAGAUAGAGUAUUCAGCAAAUAUAUCUAGUUCUUACUAUGGGUUUUAUGGAAUCUCCUACACAGCUGAAAACAACGAGAAAAAGUACUUCGCAGCAACUCAGUUUGAACCUCUGGCAGCAAGAUUUGCUUUUCCUUGUUUUGAUGAACCAGCAUUUAAAGCCACCUUUAUCAUCAGGAUCAUAAGAGAUGAGCAGUAUACUGCUUUAUCAAACAUGCCCAAGAAAUCUUCAGUCCUGAUGGAAGAUGGACUCAUUCUGGACGAGUUUUCUGAGAGUGUGAAGAUGAGCACUUACCUGGUGGCCUUCAUCGUUGGGGAGAUAAAGAGCCUAAGCCAGGAUGUGAACGGGACCCUGGUCUCCAUUUAUGCUGUACCAGAGAAGAUUGGUCAAGUUCACCAUGCCUUGGAAACAACUGUGAAACUUCUUGAGUUUUAUCAAAACUACUUUGAAAUUCAAUAUCCACUUAAGAAAUUGGAUCUGGUGGCUAUUCCCGACUUUCAAGCAGGUGCAAUGGAGAAUUGGGGUUUGCUCACCUUCCGAGAAGAGGCACUUCUGUAUGACGACAACACUUCUUCAGUGGCAGAUAGAAAACUGAUUACUAAAAUCAUCGCUCAUGAGCUGGCCCAUCAGUGGUUUGGUAACCUGGUAACAAUGCGUUGGUGGAAUGACCUGUGGCUAAAUGAAGGUUUUGCUACCUUUAUGGAAUAUUUUUCAUUGGAAAAAAUAUUCAAAGAGCUCUCCAGUUAUGAAGAUUUCUUAGAUGCUCGAUUUAAAACCAUGAAGAAAGAUUCCUUGAAUUCAUCUCAUCCAAUAUCAUCAUCUGUUCAAUCUUCAGAACAAAUUGAAGAAAUGUUUGAUUCUCUUUCCUAUUUUAAGGGAGCUUCUCUGUUGUUGAUGCUGAAAAGUUACCUUAGUGAAGAUGUUUUUCAACAUGCCAUCGUCCUUUACCUGCAUAACCACAGCUAUGAGUCUAUUCAGAGUGACAACCUGUGGGAUAGCUUCAAUGAGGUCACAAACAAAACCCUAGAUGUAAAGAAAAUGAUGAAAACCUGGACCCUGCAGAAAGGAUUUCCUUUAGUAACUGUUCAAAGAAAAGGAAAGGAACUUUUUAUACAACAAGAGAGAUUUUUUUUAAAUAUGAAGCCUGAAAUUCAGCCUUCAGAUGCAAGCUACCUAUGGCAUAUUCCACUAUCCUAUGUUACUGGAGGAAGAAAUUAUUCAAAACAUCAAUCGGUAUCGUUACUGGACAAGAAAUCAGGCAUUGUCAACCUUACAGAGGACGUGCAGUGGGUCAAAGUCAACGCAGACAUGAAUGGCUACUACCUCGUGCAUUAUGCCAGUGAUGACUGGGAGGCACUGAUGACACAGCUGAGAGUGAACCCUCAUGUUCUGAGCGACAAGGACCGAGCCAACCUCAUCAACAACAUCUUUGAACUUGCAGGCCUAGGCAGAGUGCCUCUCCAGAGGGCCUUUGAUUUGAUCGAUUAUCUUCGAAAUGAAAAUGAUACUGCACCUAUCACUGAAGCCCUGUUCCAGACAGGCCUCAUCUUUGACCUCCUUGAAAAGCUGGGCCGCAUGGAUCUGGCCUCAAGGCUUGUGACGAGAGUAUUUAAAUUACUUCAAAACCAAAUCCAACAACAGACAUGGACUGAUGAGGGCCCCCCCUCGGUGCGGGAGCUGCGGUCGGCCUUGCUGGAAUUUGCUUGUGCCCACAACCUGACGGGGUGUCGCACCUAUGCCACACAGCUGUUUGAUGCCUGGGUGGCCUCCAAUGGCACUCACAGCUUGCCCACUGAUGUCAUGGCGACUGUGUUCAAAGUGGGAGCCAGGACUGAGAACGGCUGGUUGUUCCUUCUGAGGAAGUACACAACUCUUGGCUCUGAAGCAGAGAAGAACAAAAUACUUGAAGCUCUUGCCAGCUCAGAGGAUGUACGGAAACUUUACUGGUUAAUGAAAAGUAGCCUCAAUGGAGAUACCAUCCGAACACAAAAGCUGUCUUUUAUCAUUAGAACAGUGGGCCGACACUUUCCUGGGCACUUGCUGGCGUGGGAUUUUGUCAAAGAGAACUGGAAUAAGCUUGUACAGAAGUUCCCUCUGGGGUCCUACACCAUACAAAGUAUUGUUGCUGGAUCAACUCACCUGUUUUCGACAAAGACACAUUUAUCUGAGGUUCAGACAUUCUUUGAAAAUCAGUCAGAGGCAACCUUUCAGCUUCGCUGCGUCCAGGAGGCUUUGGAAGUCAUCCAACUGAACAUCCAGUGGGUGGAGAAGAACCUGAAGGCUCUGACGUGGUGGCUGUAGCAUGACAGCUGCACUUCACCUUGUCACCCACUCAGAGAGCUGAUAAACUUGGUCUCUGCUGCUUUUGCAAAAACAAAGCUGAAGGCAGGCUGCUGCCAAGUUGUUUGCACUUGUGGGAGUUCUAGUCAGCUCAGGGCCCAACUGUAUUCUUCAUCUGUCUUUCUGAAAUGUCUUUGGACAGUAUAUAGUUAUCUGUUAUAGAAUUACAUUCAUAUAUGCGAACCAUCUACAGAAACAAUGAGCAAAUUAUUAUGCUUUGAAGAUACACAAAUGGAGGAAAAGUCUGUUUGGAAUUCUGUUCUGUUUCUGUUUUCAGAAAGUUACUGAACACAGUGCAACAGGGAAUGGUCUACCCUCGGAGCCACUCCUGUGCAGGCCACUGCUUUGUCAGUGCCUGUUGCUUCUUGUUGGUAACGUCACUGGUAACAUCACUGUGGCAUAGAGUGAGCUCCAGGGAGUGUGACAACAGACAGCAAAACCUGCCUGCAGGGAUGGGCCUUGGCUGUGCAGAGCUGCUGUGAUUGGAGAUUUUGAUUAAUCCUUUAUCUUCUGAAAAAUGUCUAAAUAUCUAUAUAAGUAUUAUAUUUUCUUCUGCAGAAUAGCCAGGUGCUACAGAUUUUUAAAUUUUUUUUUUUUGUAUUGAAAAGUAAAUAACAAGGCCAAAAGGUGAAUUUUUUCAAAUAUUUAAUGCUUUUGUUCUCAUUGUUUAUAGUAUUACCAUGCAGAACUAUUCCAAACCAAGUUAGCUUUAAUUAUGUCAUUCAUGAAUGCUGAUAUUCCCCCAAAUCUGUAUACCUCUAUCACUGUCUGCUAUAGAUGUACCUUAUGCUAUAGAGAAGCAUUUCUACAUUUGUGGCAAGGAUUUUGCUAGCACUGAUGUUUUUCAUCAUAACUUUUAUCAAUAUUGCUAAGAAUGCAAUUUAAGUUGCCUUUUGGCAUCACAGAUCACAGACACUUUCUCUCUGAAUCAUAGCCAUGUGUGAAUUUUCAUUUUAUAUGAUAGAGUAGCAUAUUAAAAGCAUAUUUUAAAAUAGGGCCUUUGAGAAAUUGAAAUUUUUUAUUUGAAGUUCACCAUAGUACCUUAAAGGAACAUAGGGAAUGGAGUGGGAGGAAUUUGAGUUCAGACGUAGUGGGCUCUCAGUUUUUUCCAUAUCAAAAACAGCACUUUCUCUUUAGUUAAAAGUCAUAGUUUUUCUUUUAUUGUGGUCAAACUAACCUUAAAAGGAGUGGUUAAAUGGAGAAAGAAGAAAAAUGAGAGAGGAAUCCAAACUAUAUGGCAUUUUUACUCCUUCAGAAGGGGAAAUACUGUACUUGAAUUUUUUGAGCUAUGCAGACUUAUACGUAGAUUGUUUUUUUCUUUGAUUCUUAGGAAAAAGCUUUCUUCCUAAUAAUUGUUGAGAACUUUAUAUUUUGUUUUAAAAUGGCUUCUAUGUAUAUAAAAAGGGUAGUCAUCCACUUGUAAGCACUUAAAACACUCCACAGAGUCAGACAGUGGAAAAGGUCACCUUUUUUUAUUCCGCAGGUGUGAAGUUAGAAUAUAUGGGAUUGUGUAUAAAAUUAAAUUUUAUUUUAUGAAAAUAUUUUUGUAUAAUAAAAUGUAAAAGGCCGAUAAGCUAAAAAUUAGCCUUGUUUAAUCCUAUUGUGUUUCUCCCCAUUUUGUCUUUUCUAAACAUUUAUCUCUCUGCUUUAGAGUAUAAGUCAUAUUCUGAGAAUCACAGAAUCACCUAAAUAUGUCUUUUUGAAACUGGGAUGAUUGGAAUUCUUUAUUCCUCUUGUGCUUUGGUAAAUGAUAAUAUUACCAGUUAAUAUUGAAAGUUAGGGUGUUUUUGUAUUUUUAGAAUGAGGGAAAAAUACUAAACUUUUGAGGAUUUUUUGAUCGUUGCUGGUUUUUUACCAUGUUGUGUUACUAAAUUCUACUUUGAUACAGAGUUUAACCUUUAUUACUCCUCACAGUGAGUUAAGAUCUUCAGUUCUGCCUGCCAGUGUUGACAUUGGUCCUGGAGCGUGUGAAAAUUCUGCAUAUGGCAAAUCUCGUCUCCAGUCACAUCAUUUCCCUGUGUCUGUGUGUGGUAUGGACGGGGUUGUUACAAGUAAAGCUUUAUUAAAACUCAGGCUGACAGUGAAGUGUUAGGAUCCAGGGCUUCUCCCGAUGAUGCCAGAUCAUGACCUUUGUAGUUGUAUUUGUGGUAGCUUUAAAUAGGCCUCACCUCAGUUCUUCACACGUAAUUCCAUGAUUUUGAGUAUUAAAGUAAACCCUUCUAUAUGGGAGUUUUAAAAACUAGCUCUUAGUCAGGAAUAUAAGGUUAAAAGGUAGACAUUGUAGUAUUAAUAUAAUGGAAGCUUUCAAAGUUUUAUUUUCCCCGAAGCCCUAUCUUAGCCACUGUGUUUCUGAGACCCCACACGGACUCACUGAAGUGCAGGCUCCUGUGGUGGCUAAGUGCUUACCGAGUGGCUGUUCUCUUCUGUUCACUCAGAGAGGUGGUCUACUUGGAUGUAUUGAUGAAAGGGACAUCUUCUGAGAUUAAUGGGAGAGAGAGAAUUGCCUAUCUAGAGUUGUAGAAGGAAAGUUUGUGCUUUGGAGAUGUCCUGCUGUUAGCACAAGGUGGGCAGUGCCCACGUGCGCCACCAGUUUGUGCCACCAUCUCACCUCAGUCUCUGUAAGGGAAAUGUUGCUGCUUGCCAUUAUUUCAAUGUUUGUGAACUUUCGUACCAUCACAGGUUCUUCUGAGCUCUUCAUUUUCUUUGCCCUGUGUGUUUUCAUCGUGUGCUGCUGCCUGUACAAAGAGAUGUCAGGGAGCCCUGGGUGUGGGGGGCGGCAGCGCUGCUCUUGGUCCUAUACUGAGUUCGGUGGGUUACUGGCAGACUGCUAUCAAGUUGGAUUUUCAAAAGAUUCUACUCAAACUAAAGCACCCGGAACCAUAAUCUGCAGACAGGUUGCUGAAUGUUCAUAGCAUCCUUGUGUUCCCUGGGGCUGCUGGGAACGUGUGUGCGUGUCAGACGCACUGUCACCCAAGAAUAUAAGAUUAAAAGGUACAAAUCGUAGUAUUAAUAUAAUGGAAGCUUUCAAAGGUUUAUUUUCCCCCAAAGAUUAAAAGGUUAAAUUAAGGUUUUAAUUUAGGGAGUCUCUGAGUCGCAGAGGCUGCCGGUCUGAUUAGUUCUUCUUCUUGUCUAUUGACUUUAUUAUUUUUGCUUUUAUUGGAAUUAACUCUCUUUUUAAAGAGCUUGCUUUAUUCCCCAUCCUCUUUGUAUUUUCGAAAACUGAGAUGUAUGUUUUGCUGGUUUCCACCUUCCGUGUUGCUCUCAGCCCUCUGCAUUGCCUGGUGUGCUGCAGGUGGGGAGUGCAGUUGGCGGUGUGGCUCCCUCUCCCCAACCCGUGUUGCCUGCAGAGCAGCUGAUGGAUUCCUAUGAGUGGUUCGGGGGUGAUAUACUUUUAAAACAUACAUAUGUGUUCUUGAUGGUUUUAUCUUCUUCGAUUUUGCAUGUUUUUGUCCUGAUGAAAAAUGAUUUAUUGUCCUUCAGCAUCUCAUUCUUCCUUCCCUUCCCUGUAGCAGCAGCUGCAGAGAAGUUACUUGGCUCCUUUUCUGGAAGGAGGUGGUAGUGUGGAAAGGAGAGCUGCAUCUGUUCUUUGAAAAGUGUGUACAGAUAUCUUUGCUGCUCUUUGGAGAAGGUUGUUUGAUGCUAUGUUUCAUUCGUCCUGCUGGUGGGCACGUGAGUAGGCUUGGGGUCCUGACCUGCGCAGUAGCAGAGCGGCUGUGGCUGCUACUGUCCAGCCCCGGGCCAGGCUGCCUGCCACCCCUCAGGUCUGUGCGGGGUCAUGCGGCUUCCCAUGUUCUGUGACGUGCUUGUCUGUCUGCGUGGCCACAUGUGUGCUCACAGAGACAGCUGCUCUUUCACUUUGCCCUUACUGCAUCUUAUGCAACAGGUGGGGCAGCUAGGCUGCGGGAGAAAGUGGUGUUCACUCAGCACAUGGGAGUGUCCUUGCCACCACCUGUUGCACAGCUCCCUCAGUUCUGUGUCCUUCUUGUGGACACACAGGCACCUGAUGAGGUGUGGAGGUGCCGCCUGCUGCAGCCCACACACAGGACAACAGUGACACAGCAGUAACCAGCUGGGUUCUGGGAGAAGGCAAGGGGCAGGGCUGGCAGCUCAGCGCACCAUUGUUUCCACUGCCACGCUGUGGACCUUGGAGAUCUAGGCACAUAACCAUCUCUCCUCCUUCCCUAGUGCCACAGGGGCAGUGCGUGUAGAGUAGUUUGGGGGUUCGAAGGUUUUUUGCUAGGGGAGAGAAGGUGACUUCAGGGUAAGCUUGUAUUUUUUUUUAAAUGUGUAUAAAUGUUUUUAGUACUUUUUUGUUAGCUUGUUUCUCACCUUGUUUUUCAAAUGGGCGUGUGAUGAAAGCCAAAGUUCAGUCUGUUCGGGUCUCCUUCUCCCCUCCCUUUUGCCUGUGGACAGGAUCGAGAACCAUGGGGGAGGGGGGCGUUGUUUUAGGAGUUCUUUUGUAGGUAUGGGGGUGUGUGCUUCUGUAAAUAUGUGCACAUGUUUUUACUCCUUAUUGUGUGUUUCCCUGGAGGCCUGUGCUGCUAUGCGCCAGCGGGUUCCUAAUGGAUGUGGAGCUCUGCUCCUCUUUGUCUGGGGAAAUUUUAAAAUAGUUUAGAUUUCCUGAAGUUGUGGGGGGUGGAUGGGGUCAGGGCUGGAAUGUGUGCACAGGACUCAUUGCUGUGCGCUCUUGCUUACCUGUACCCAGUGCUGCAGGCACCUGCUUGACAGGGGUUCGCUGAGCUCAGUCUCCCCUCCCCCGCCCCACUCCCAUCCCCCCCACCUCUGUGUGGCAUCUGUAACUGCUUUGGUUUCCUUCAGCGCCCUCCCAGGAGGAUGGGGCAUGCACUUUUAGAAAUGUAUAUAAAUGGUUUUUGGUGUUACUUCAUUUUGUACCUGUAUCAUUCAAUGGACACUUAGGUACAUGAUGAAAAUCGAGGUUCAUUCUAUGAAAACAUCACCUUCUCCCCUUCCCAUAUUGCCCAUCUGGGCAAUGGCUGAUAGAGUAGUUGUUUGGGGGUUUUGGCAGGGGGGUGGGGGAUUUGAGGAUUUGUAUCUUCUUAAAUGUAUAUAAAAGUUUGCUGGGGUUUUUUGUUCCUUCACUCCAGACUCAGACUGUUGUUUGGAAUUGAGACCCAGCCACAGGGUGUAGCGGGCCUUCCUCCCCACCGCAGCCUGUGCUUAGGCAGCAGUAAAUGCGCACUUUGGAGCUUGGGUUUUGUUUUUGAGAUUUAUAAUGAGGAGUGAGCUUAUUAGAGAAAAUGAAAAAAUAUGUAAUUUUUCUACUGUAUAUAAAUGUUUUUACCCUUUGGGGUCUUCGUUCAUUUUGAAUCUAGUUCUUUGCAUAACUGUUUAGAUACUUCGUGGUGAUAAAGUUACAAUUGACUCUGAAAACUCUCCCAUCCUCCCCACCCUUUGUCACACAGUGGUAGAAUAGAUAUUUGGUUUCUUUGGGAGGGAGGGGCAGUUGCACAUGUGUACAUAUACAUUUUAAUGUCCGUGAGUGCAUGCUACGUCCUGUGUGUCAUUCACGUUAUGCCCAGUCCUCUGCUAGGACUGGUGGGCUCAGAGUGGAACACGGAGGUCCAGACGUAUGAUAACUCUCCUGCUUCCCUUCCCUCGUUGCCUGAACGGGCAACAGUUUUAUAACUUGGGUUUGUUUUUGUGUGUGUUGGGGGGGUGUUAUUUGGGUGGGAAAUAAAUAGGGCAGUGGUUCUCAACCUGUGGGUCAUGACUCCUUUGUAACAACGAAAAUACAUCCUGCAUAUCAGAUAUUUACAUUACGAUUCAUAACAGUAGCAAAAGUACAGUUAUGAAGUGGCAAAGAAAAUAAUUUUAUGGUUGGGGUCACCACAACAUGAGGAACUGUAUUAAAGGCUCACGGCAUUAGGAAAGUUGAGAACCACUGAACUAGGGGGAAAGGACUGGGUAUAUACUUUCUGAAGAUGUAUACAAAUAUUCUCACAUGUGGAGUCUACACCUGGCCCUUGAGCAGGUGUUAGCACUUAAGGAAAAUUGAGGAUCAGUGUGUGACAAUCUCCCUUCACCCCUGCCCUUGUUGCCUAUGUAGGCAGCAGAAUAGUUUGUGUUAUUUACUUGUUUGUUCUGGAGGGAUUUGUAUUUUUGGUAGGGGAAUAUUCUUAUAAGUAUAAAUAUGUUUUCAUGUCUUUGUUAUUUCACAUUGUAUUUAGUCUUGUGCAUGGCUAUGUUAGGGACAUAAUAGAAACUGAGUUUCAUAAAUAUGAUAGAUCACCUCUUUCCCACAUAUUUCCUUAUUUCGGUGGCUAGCAUUGUUGUUGUUUUGUAGUUACUUUGUUUUAUUCUCCAUGACAUGCUUUUAAGGACAUAGGUAUAUAUAGAUAUACAUAAUUUGCUUUCCCUGCCCCCAUUUAGUCCUUUAUAGGGCUCUGAAUGUACCUAACACAAACAAAGGCCCCUAAAUUCCUGCAAUCUGGCUUUGGAAGGUCUAGCAACUGUGGGCUGUAACUGACAGCAUCAGGUGAGCGGCAGCUAAGAGGGGAGGGGACACUUGGACUUGGCCAAGUGGAGAGAGUUAAUCAGAUCCAACGUUUCUUAUGUUAAUUCAAACUGAAUGAGGUGACAAAGGACCUGUACUUUUAUAAAUUCGAGAAAGACAGGAGGGCAGUACAGAGUGAAAGUAUGUCUGCACGUCACUGCUAAUCAGUCUUUCAGUACCAGGCAGACAGUGACGCUGGUGAGCAGGUGAGAGUGCUAGGUAGGACAUGUGGGAGGACCGCAGCAGUAGCUGCUUUUGGAGGCUUGGAGUUUUGAUUCAUUUAUGGAAGUCUUGUGCAGUUCUAUAAAAAACAUUCUUGUAAACCCUAUAGAAGUUAUUUUGAUUCUUGAAAUGAAUCUUAUAAGCUAUUGCCAUGGCUCCAGUAAAUGACAACACGGAUCCAAAAACUAAUUCAAAAAGAACUUGAGGGGCAAGCCCUUUCUUUCAACCCACACAUGUGGCAGGCCGAGUUGGCCCUUUCAUGCCCAGUGCUCUUAUGUGUGGCUGCGUCUCUACUCAGCUUCCGUUAGCUGUUCCAUUCCUGCUCUUUUUUCCAUUUCAUUUUCAGUCCUGCACUGUGAGACGUCAUCUUCGAUAGCGCUCAGAACCUUAAGCAAUAUAUGAGCCUAUGCUGUGUGCGUCCCAUUUGUCCCGUGCGUCCCAUGCGUCCGAGCAUCCUGAGCUGUGUGUUCACUUGGCAUUCCUGUUCUUCAUGUGGAUCCACCACACGGUAAAAGUAGCAGCUGCAUCUGUCUGUUCGCAUCAGAGGAGGUAGGCGUGCAGCCGUCUGUCCUACCCGCUCAGCUGUCCUCCUCACGUCUUGGCAUUAUGUGUUGAGAUUUAUAAUGAUGCUGCUUCAUGCUGAAGAUUUGCCAUAUUAUUAUUUUAGAAACAUUGAUUUAAAGGAUACCUAGAAGAUUUGCAAAGAAAUGUUAUUUGCAUAUCAAACUCUCAGGUUUAGUAUUAAAAAAUUAGCCUAUACUUUGCUAUACUUGUACCUGCUGCUAUGGGAAAAAUAAAAGUUUAUUCAUGACACAUUUAACUUUGUUCACAAAUAAAAGAGAAAGGGACACCUUUUUGGAGUUAGUCAUGGUAAUCAUUAGUGAUACUUCUGAACAGCUCUUAAUUUAAAGGACUUCUAAGGAAGUAAAAGUCAUGGCUUACCCGAGUGAAAUGCUCCAGACAUUGGACCGUAUGAACCAUCGGGACAGUAACACACUGUGUGUGUGUAUGAACCAAGAAUUACAGCAUAUUUGGAGAGUUUCACAUUGGUACGAACGGUCUCGGUACGAACAGUCUCACAACUGUCUUGAUUAUGAACAGUCUCAUAAUCACUUUGCUAUGAGGAAUAGUCUCUUUCAAGUACUUGGGAACUUGUAAAGAUACUGCGUCUUGUAUUUAAACACCUACAGAGUUCUUCAGUUCCCUGAGUCUGAGCUUGUUAAUUCUAAAUUUGUAUGAUAAUCAAAUCUUUUGUGGAAGAUUUUGAAAAUUUUAUGUAUAUAUAAUAUUGUACAUGAAAAUUGUGUUGUUUCACUUGUAAAGGGAAAGGCCUAUUUUUCUUUAUAUUUCUGAUAACUUGUUUUGCAUAUGACCAGCACUGACUGAGGGCAUGUUGAACUGCGGACACUGUUGCGCUUUUUUUGUGACAUGAAAAUAAAGGUAUUUAAAUACAAA